GGGUGAGAAGAGAGAAGAAUCAUCUCCUUCCGAUGAUGAAAGAGCUAGGUUUGGAUCUAGAGGAAGAAGUUCUUCUUCGAGUUCCGUUGGAAUCUAUCCUCAAAUUCAAAACCGUCUCAAAGCAGUGGAGAUCACUACUGGAGUCGAGGAGCUUCUCGGAGAGGAGGCGUAUCAUUAUCCAAAAAACCCAAAAGAAAAUGCAAUUCGUGGCCGCCGCUUUGCUCUUAAACAUUAAUCCAGAGGUGGUUGUGAAGGACGACGACGAAGAGGUCGAGAUGAUCUAUCUAGACUGUGAUUUCCCCAAAGUGCAGGAGGAGGACAGUGGUUUCUCCAGACGACCGUCGCUGUCCUGUGACGGUCUGGUUUGCAUGCCCGUGCCAGGCUAGAUCAACGUUUUGAAUCCUUCCACCGGAGAGUUCCUUAGAUUCGAUUCCGGCAGAGAUCCAAAGAUGACCGACGUCCUCGUAGAUGGAUCCAGAAGGGGUUUUGAAGUGUUUCCUGGAUACUGGAGGAUGGGAUUCGGUAGGGACAUAGUUAACGGGAGCUAUAAGGUAGCGAGGAUGUGCUUCGAGCCUAACUGUAGUUACUGCGAGAUUCUUGAUAUAAACAUUGGGGUAUGGAGGAAGCUGAAGCGUAAGCCUCUUUUCUAUGUGGGAGAGAGACUCAAGUCGGCGUUUGUGAAUGGAUCCAUCUACUGGUUAGAAGUAGAUUGUUAUUACCAUACUCAAAAGAUACUUGCUUUGGAUCUACACACGGAAAAGUUUCGUAGCGUAAAGACACCGCCUCUGUUCUGCAAGUCAGGGCAGAUAGCUAACCUCGAAGACCGUCUAGUCGUAGCCGCAAAGGAUAUUGGGGAGCCUGGUUUUAAGUUUUGCAUAUGGAGCAUGGAUCCACGAGAUGAAACAUGGAGCAUCGCUUACUCCUUUCAUUUAUCCUCUUCCACCCGUAGCAGUUUCAUAUCUAGAUGUAGUCACUGGUGGCAUUGGUGCAUGCCACUGGCGGUUUCUAAGCGAGGGAAUUUCUACUUUUAUGAUCAAGAGAAGAAGUUGCAUAAGUACUGUUCAGAUACGGGCUUAGUCCGUGGCGUAACUUAUGGUGGUGGCAUCCGUAUCGUAGCUCCCUUUGUCGAGAAUCUGCUUCCUAUUCGAGGUUCAGCUUCUUCUGGAAGGACGUUUGGAUUUCGGAAUUUGGACGAGUUUGAAACUUCUAGUUGUUUUAGACAAAUCAAAUCGUCAGUGCGAAAGGAAUGGCUUGGUAUCACCACAACUGUUGUGGCUGUUGUGGCCCUUCACCCUUGUAGUCUUUCUCAAGUAAUUCUUUCUUCCACAGUUGUAUGAUUUUGUCUUUUGGGAGA